GCGCGGCCUGUGAGUCAGACUGUCAGACAGUCCCGUGUCGGAGCGGCAGGAUCCUGAGGCUGCUGUGAUCGCCCCGCCGCGCUGACACCUCGUCCUCCCCGACCCUAGCGCCGCCGGCCGGGACUCUGCUCAUGGAGGCCGCCGUCAGCUCCCUGCACUGGUUCCGGAAGGGCCUCCGGAUACACGAUAACCCGGCGCUGGUGGCCGCUCUGCGGGGGGCGCGCUGUGUGCGCUGCGUCUACAUCCUGGACCCCUGGUUCGCCGCCUCCUCCUCCGGCGGGGUCAAUCGAUGGAGGUUCCUGCUGCAGUCCUUGGAGGACCUGGACUCGAGUUUAAGGAAACUGGGCACUCGUCUGUAUGUGGUGCGCGGGCAGCCGGCCGAUGUCUUCCCCAGAUUAUUCAAGGAGUGGGGCGUGAACAGACUAACGUUUGAGUACGACUCGGAGCCGUUCAGUAAGGAGCGAGACGCAGCCAUCAUGAAGCUGGCUAAGGAAGCCGGUGUGGAGGUGAUUGUGGAGAAUUCGCAUACGCUAUAUGAUUUGGACAAAAUCAUUGAGCUGAAUGGUAACAGCCCUCCUCUCACCUACAAGAGGUUUCAAGCCAUCAUCAGCCGCAUGGAGCUUCCUCGUCGACCCGUCCCGACCAUCACAAGACAGCAGAUGGUGCCCUGCCGAGGAGAGAUCAAGAACACGCAUGACGAGACCUAUGGGGUGCCAUCUUUGGAGGAGCUUGGCUUUCCAAGGGAGAAUCAAGGGGCCGCAGUAUGGCCGGGAGGAGAAACGGAGGCCCUGGCCCGUCUCGACAGACACUUGGAACGCAAGGCAUGGGUGGCAAAUUACGAGCGCCCACGGAUGAAUGCCAACUCUUUGCUGGCGAGUCCCACAGGCCUCAGUCCCUACCUGCGUUUUGGCUGUCUGUCCUGCCGCCUCUUCUACUACAGACUGCAGGAGUUGUAUCAGAAGGUAAAGAAGAACAGUCCUCCCCCCCUGUCGCUGUACGGGCAGCUCCUCUGGAGGGAGUUCUUCUACACGGCUGCCACCAACAACCCCAAAUUUGACCAAAUGGAAGGGAAUCCAAUCUGCGUGCAAAUUCCUUGGGACCGGAACCCUGAGGCCCUCGUCAAGUGGACAGAAGGGAAGACUGGGUUUCCGUGGAUUGAUGCCAUCAUGACACAGCUGAGACUGGAAGGCUGGAUCCAUCACCUGGCAAGGCACGCCGUCGCCUGCUUCCUGACACGGGGGGAUCUCUGGAACAGCUGGGAAUGUGGCGUAAAGGUGUUUGAUGAGCUGCUGUUGGAUGCAGACUUCAGCGUGAACGCCGGCAGCUGGAUGUGGCUCUCGUGCAGUGCGUUCUUCCAGCAGUUUUUCCACUGUUAUUGUCCCGUGGGCUUUGGCAGACGGACCGACCCCAGCGGAGACUAUGUCAGACGAUACUUGCCGGUGCUCAAGGGCUUCCCAUCCCGUUACAUAUACGAGCCGUGGAAUGCCCCGGAGUCUGUUCAGAAAGAAGCCAAGUGCGUUAUAGGCGUUGACUACCCUAAGCCCAUAGUGAAUCAUGCAGAAGCCAGCAGACUGAACAUAGAGCGCAUGAAGCAGACCUACCAGCAGCUGUCCCGCUACCGAGGCCUCUGUAUAUUGGCAUCUGUUCCAUCCUGUGCAGAAGAUCUGAGUGGCCCAAUUAGUGACCCUGUUGCUCAUCAGAUCUCUAUAGAGGCAGCUCCCAAACUGUCCUUGUGUGCCCCCGACUCCCCCAAACGGAGGUACAAGAAAUCUGUCGAGGGAGCUUGUAAGAAAGCCCGGGUGCAGAGCAUCGCGGAAGUAGAGAUGACCGCUCAAGACUUCUGAAUGCCGAUGUGGAGACAUGCAUCCUCAUCUAGUGCAUGCUUCGUCUUACAGAAGAUGAAUAUUUGACUGCUGCCCCCUCGCCCACUGGUAAAAUCCAUAACUCUUCUACCCGGACUGCAAUAAAUCGGCCGAAUUUUGGGACUUGUGCUUAAACGGGAGGAUGACUUGCUGCCCCCUCAUGGACAAUAUCACAUUUGAAUUCAAGAUGAUGUCAAGGAUUAGAAAAAACUCGGCCACAGCCUGACCUUAGGUUGUGUCUGAUAUUACUGCUUAUAUUAUGGCUAAGCUGCAGUACCACACUCAGCCUGUGCACAGCUGUGGCGCUGUUUUUUGGGUGGGAGAAAAAGCAGCCAUGGUUUUCUAAUCCGAGAAUCUGCUUUAUUGUGUAAAGGAGCUUCUAGGAAUGUUCCUCCGCUCCAUCUACCGGUGAGGACGCUAAUAUGAUAUCAUAUAAUAUGAUACGUCAACUUCUCCAUAAGGGGAAUUGUUGUAGCACAUGCAAGAUGUGCUGAUGGGCGCACCCGCUCCUGUGGUCGGGAGGAGAAGUCCAAUCCUAUAUGCAUAGGAUAUGCAUUUUAUGACCAUGUCACUUGAAGCUGAGCGAUUGUCUCAGCGGUGGCCCGGCUCUGACGUUUAAGCUGUAUACUGCUUGGGAUAUGCUCCAGGCUCAGGGCAGGACUAAUAGAAAACGCAUGUACGUUAUAUAAUAAUGCAGUGAGAGAGGCCGAGGCUCCUCAACGUAACCUCAAGCAUGUGCUUAUAUUUCUUUAUAGUAUUGCCACUAGGUGGCGAUGUUCUCAGUAGAUUAUAAUUCACUGUAUGGUUGCACCAGGCAAGUUCAAAAUAAUGGAGAAAGCAGGAUGUAUAUUCUGGACCCAAAAGCAGAAAAGGUACCAGGGCCCAUUGCAGCGAUCACCUGCCAAUACAGUUACCCAGAGCCAGAUUUUUGGGGAUUAUCAGAGUCAUCAGAAAUGAUGUGACGACAACCCUUCUCGCUAUAGUAAAGCAUGAAGAGUAAUUCCCUGUUAAGUCACCAUGUAUACUUGCUUCCUACACAUACUAGUAAGUCAGAGAUUGGGCUGCACUUUAGGAAGGUCAUUCUAUGUGGAAAUAUAUUUUGGAUGCUGCCUUAUAAUUCAGGCAUAUACACUCACUGACAAAACCAAUGGCGCACCAAGAAGGAGUUCUUUGAGUCGAAUGAAAGCUUUACGUAUGUGAAUGUAAUGAUGAUAUACAGAUCUAGCGAGCGCCAACAUCAGUGGGCUAAUGCGUUAACCCAACAGUUUAAGCACUUUAAGAAGCUUUGCACAUUGGUAACAAAGCCACAGAGAUAAGCGUGCGUUACUGCGCCAGGAAUUACUAUAACGCCUGCUACAACUGUAUGUAAGUGAUUACAAUAUUAGAGAGAAGGCGAAGUUUAUGGGGGCCAGUAGAGUAGAAAGGAGGCUGUAGGACUUUGUUGGGCGGCUCUAGCCUGGAUACAGGAUGAGAUACAGUUGGGCAUGGAGGCAUGCAGGUUCUAUAUCCUGCAGCACAUUUGCCCACAGAUGUCUAUGCUGGGCCUGUUGUCACGGCGGACGUGCACUCUGUAC